AUGAUACUGUGGAGUAUAUUCUUGCUUCAUUCACUGCUGUCCUCUUUGCAAGGAUCUUGUUGCAAGAUUUCUUCUUUGAGAAGAACUUCAAGAAAUGAGUUUAAUGCAACUCGACAGAAAAGAGAUCUCAUAGCAGCUGAGAUUCAAGCUGCCUCUCCUCGGACGCACCUUCAUGGGGCCUUGACACGGAGUCUGCCGGGAGAUUCAUGUCCUCAGGAUUGCCUUAAUGGAGCAGCCUGCACAGAGGCAGGUGACUGUGACUGUCAGUUGUUUCAGGCUCAAGGAAGCAGGUGCCAAAUUGUACCUAACACUGGUAAGGACAGAGACGGGAUUUGCAAAUCAUGGGGACAGUAUCACUUUGAAACAUUUGAUGGCAUCUACUACUACUUCCCAGGAAAUUGCUCUUAUAUUUUUGCAAAAGACUGCAAUACUCCAGAACCCCAGUACACUGUUUGGGUUCAUAAUAGUCCUUACUGUUAUGGUUCAGUAUAUACUUGUCAGAGGUCUGUCAGCUUAUUUUUUUCAAACCAAGAAGAAAUAAUUAUUUCAGGACAUGAAGUAAGAAAAGCUGGAAUCAGAUUAAUGUUGCCUCAGACAGUUGGAAAUGCUUUCUUUGAGAGACUGGCUGACUAUGUUCUGGUGAAGACUACCUUUGGUUUUUCUCUUGCUUGGGAUGGCAACUCUGGUAUUUAUAUUAAGCUGACAGAAGAUCAUAAGAGGAAACCUUGUGGCCUCUGUGGAAAUUUUAAUGGCAAUAAACACGAUGACCUAAUACUGCAAAAUAAUGAAUAUACAGAAGAUAUUGCUGCAUUUGCAAAUAGCUGGUCUGUGCAAACCUCAGAUGACACAGCUUGUGUACCUACUGCCUCAGAUUUUUCCAGUCCUUGUUCAGCUGAUGCAGAAUCCACUGAGGACAUAUUCUUCAAGUGCCAAAUACUCCUACAGUUUCCUUUCCUCAGCUGUCAUGAAAGCAUAGAUCCAUAUUCUUACAUUUCUAGCUGUAUGAAUGAUCUUUGCAGAGUGGAUGAUGAUGACACAUACUGCAGGGCAGUGACAGAGUACGCCAGGGCAUGCUCUCAUGCUGGGUCCCCAGUGAGGGAUUGGAGGGAUGACUUUCCUGCUUGUACUGACAAGUGUGAAGACAGCUUUGUACACCGUGACUGUAUCAGCUGUUGUCCACCAACCUGCACAUUUGAAAAAGACUGUCUUGGCAGCAACCUGCACUGCUUAGAUGGCUGUUACUGUCCAGAUGGUCUCAUUAUGGAAAAUGGAACUUGUAUCUCUGUGUCAAACUGUCCUUGUAUUUAUCAUGGAACUGCUUUCCCUGUAGGCUCAAAAAUUGAACAAGAAUGUAGCAACUGUAUUUGUACUGGUGGCAUUUGGAACUGCACAGAUCAUGAUUGCCCAGCUGAGUGCUCCAUCACAGGUAGCUCUCAUUUCACAACAUUUGAUGGACGUCAUUUUACUUUUCUUGGGAUUUGCCAGUACAUUUUGGUAAAGGGCACUGGGAAAAACAAAUUCACAAUCACUUUACAAAAAGCACCUUGUGGACAGAAUUUUGACCAUGCCUGCAUUGAGUCUGUAACACUAGUUCUUGAAGAUGAUGUAAGCAAACAAGUAACUCUCACAAGAUAUGGUCAACUCCUAACUGACUCUAACCAAGUUUUUAACCUUCACGGGGCUAUUGAAAUUCAGAAUAUAUCUUCUUUGUUUGUUCAACUGAAAACUAGUUUUGGCUUGAAGAUACUGUUUGCUAAAGAUGGAGAGAGGAUCUAUGUUCAAGUUGAUGUUGGCUGGAAGAGAAGAACAUUAGGACUAUGUGGAACAUACAAUGGGAAUUUAAGAGAUGAUUUUCUUUCUCCAGCAGGGAUGAUAGAAGGGACCCCACAACUUCAUGCCAAUGCAUGGAAGGUUUCCUCAGCUUGUUCUGUGCCUAUCAAUAUUCCUGUGGUUGAUCCCUGCAAUGUUAAUCAGCAAAAUGCUGGGUAUGCAUCUCACUGUGAUAUCAUCAACCAAGAGGUUUUUGCUCCCUGCCAUGCCUACAUCAGUCCAGGGUUAUACUACCAGCUUUGCCGCUUUGACGCGUGCAAGUGCGGAAGCAGCUGCUUGUGCAACGCUCUGGCGCACUACGCUUACGUCUGUGGCAAGCACGGUGUUGUUGUUGACUUCAGAUCUCAUAUUCCUUACUGUGCUGUGAUGUGUCACAGUGGUAUGCUUUAUCAUCAGUGCUCUUCUUUUUGUAAACACUCCUGUGCUUCACUUUCUAUGGCAAAUAUCUGUGGUGAUGACUGUGCAGAAGGAUGUAAUUGUCCUGAUGGGAAAUAUUUUGAAGAGUCGGUCAACUUUUGUGUAUCAAUAUCUGCCUGUCAUUGUCAUUACAAGGGCAAAGCCCUCCAGCCUGGAGAAAUCCUCUCUACGCCAACAGGCACCUGUCAAUGCUUGAAUGGAACAGUGAAAUGUAUUGAAAGCACUACAGAAAAUACAGUUCACAUAUGCCCUGAAGGAAAAAUCUACUAUGACUGCAGAUCUCCUGUGCCUGGAUUACCAGCAGCAGGUGUAAAUUGUGGGAUCUCUUGUGCAAACCUUGCCAUGAACUUCUCCUGUGUCCCUUCACCACCCUGUGCAAGCGGCUGCAUUUGCCCUCUGGGGAUGGCUGAGCAUAGAGGGAAAUGUUAUAUUCCUGACAGUUGCCCAUGCACCUGGAAAGACAGGGAAUUUCUUUCAGGAGAAGUGAUAGCUACACCAUGUUACACCUGUGUUUGUCGGAGAGGGAUAUUCAAUUGCACCAGUUACCCCUGUCCUGCUGUGUGCACUAUUUAUGGAGAUCGACAUUAUUAUACCUUUGAUGGACUGGAGUAUGAUUAUGUCAGUGAUUGCCAAGCUUACCUGCUGAAGAGCACAGAUAACUCAAAUAUAUCUAUAAUUGCUCAGAAUAAAAAGUGCUUUGACAAUGAUAUUGUUUGUUCGAAGAAUAUUUUCAUCACUGUUGGAGACACUGAGAUUUCUUUUAGUGAACCUUCUGAGAAACAGAACACCUUAAAGGGACAGGAAAACUAUCAGCUUUGGAAGGCUGGAUAUUAUACUGUGAUACACUUUCCAGAACAGGACAUCACAGUUCUGUGGGAUAAGAAGACAAUGAUGCAUGUUAAAGUUGGACCUCGAUGGAAGGGUAAACUGGCAGGUUUGUGUGGAAAUUUUGACAAAUACACUUCAAAUGAUUUAACUACAUCAAACAACAUGGAGGUGAGAAAUGCACAAGUGUUUGGAGACAGCUGGGUAUUAGGACAGUGCAAGAGCCCAAAUGAAACACUGAGACCAUGUGAAGUGUAUCAGAGCAAGUUCCCUUAUGCCAAAAAGGAAUGCUCAAUUUUAUACAGUGACGUUUUUGCACCUUGUCGCAAUGUGAUCGAUGUAACUUCCUUUGUCAAAAAUUGUCACACAGAUACAUGCAACUGCAAUCUUGGUGGGGACUGUGAGUGCUUGUGUACCAGUAUUGCAGCUUAUGCCCACAAAUGCUGCCAGCAAGGAGCAGUCAUUCACUGGCGAUCUCCUUCUUUCUGUGCUUAUGACUGUGAAUAUUACAAUCAAGGCCUUGGAGAAGGACCCUAUAUUUUAGCAAGUUAUGGAGAGAAUGACACAAUUAUAGGAGCUAAUGUAUCCAGUAGAAGGAUAUUUCCUCUGCCUAGAACUGGAGCAUACGGAAAUGUAUUUUUCAGUUUCAUGAUAACUCCAGGUCUUUUCAAAGACAAAGGUUUAUCACUCUCUCUUGUUUCCCUUGAAUCUGCUGAAAGACCAAACUACUUCCUGUACGUACACGACAAUCAAACUGUUGGGCUGGAGCAGUGGCAGGCAAGUGCUUCCUUUCGGAGACAAGCCACCUUCUUCCACCACCAGGGCCUCUGGAGUCCAGGGCUCAGCGCAUUCGAACUGCACAGUAAAAAAGGCUUUUUCAUCAUUCUGACCUCAUCAGGUGUUAAAGUGGCAAAGUACGAUGAUUCAGAAGAAUUCAAACGUUUGAGUAGCUUUAGUAUUGAAGAACUCAGUGCAUCUGUACCUUAUAGAAAGAUGUGUGAAUGGCGAUAUGAAUCUUGUGCUAAUCCUUGUGUUAAAACAUGUAGUGAUCCUGAAGGAACAGCCUGUAAAUUCCUUCCUCCGGUUGAAGGAUGCUUGCCAUACUGUCCCAAAAACAUGAUCCUUGAUGAGGUCACACUUAAAUGUGUUUAUCCAGAAGACUGCAUACCUGUGACACCUACUGAAUCAGCAAUUGGAACAAAACCUUCAUUGUUAAUCUCUCAGACAGGUGCUACCACAGAGACAUUUCCUCAGACACCUCCUUUAUUUGUUACUUCAGGGACUGAGUCGACUCGUACCAGUGUGACAGCCAAAAUAACUAUGAAGGCAAACACAACUUUGAGGGGAAUGGACAUGUCAGCACAGUCCAUUACAGACUUUUAUUCUCUGGAAACAUCUGAUGCAGCCACCUAUUCAACAUUUUCAUUACCAAGAAAAGAGAGUUCUUCGGUAAGUUCUUCAGAAGAAGAUGGAACUGUAUCAGCCAUGUCAUCUGGAACCAUCACUCACUCCACUACACCAAUGAUCAUGAGCACAACAGCGAAUGCUACAUCCUUAAAAGCACCUUACGUUUUUGCAAAAAUACCACCUAGCUCUUCAGCCAGCUUAUUAGUUGCUUCUGGCACUACUGUAGCCUCUAGGAUUCCUGCAAAAAUUACUGAUUCUCUUGUUGCCAAUUUGGACUUUUAUAUGGUGUCAACUUCAGUUCCUACCACCAUAGAAACACCCACACAUGUGUCACAAAAAUCUUCAUUUGCAUCUACCAUGACUCAAGCCUCACAGAGCACUACAGAAACUCCUAAAGUUUUGAUAAUAAAAACAGCUAGCACUAUAAGUCCAUUAUCACAGACAAAGAGUAUCUCAUUUACAGCUUCAAAAGUUAAAUACACAACCCCAUUUGAAAGAGCUGUGGAUAUUUUAGAAAGUGGUCAGACUUCACAUGAGCCAAAUGUUACCAAGAUAAAGUCAACCACAACUGAGAAAUCUUCCUUUCCUUAUCUGACAGUAUCUUCAGUUCUGAGUUCAUCCUUUUCAAGACAUACAACCUCAAAAAAAAAUCUCUCUUCUUCUGGAGUCCUGGAUGUAACAACAUCAGAUUGGUCCAAAAUCCCAGUACAGAAACCUGUUAAGCCUUUAUUUGGUUUAACAGAGCCCACAGAGCUGCAGACCAGAAAUAUAAUAGAUUUAUCUCAUUCUAGUGGUGGAAUGGCUCUGCCUUCCUCUUCACAACCUGUGGAAACACAAACUUCACCUACAAGGGCAGAAACAAUGACAGCUACAGCUGACAAGGCAUCCUUUGGUACAAUGAUGCAUACACUGAUGUCUACAUCUUCCAAAUGUGUGCCAAGAUAUCUUGAACCUGUCGACAAAUGUAGCCAGUAUGUAUGUGUUCAUGCGAGUUGGAUGUUGUACAAUGUUUCAAAGAACUGCCCUAAGGAUGUGCAGAAGCCAGACUGUGGUUUUCGAGGAAUGCCAGUUCAAGUUAAUACUGAUAGUUGUUGCCCAGAAUGGGAAUGUCCCUGUCAAUGUUCUGUACUGUCUGAACUGAGUGUUAUUACUUUUGAUGGAAACAACAUAGCCCUCUGUAACAUGGCUUCCUACAUUCUAGUUAAGUUACCAGGAGAAAUUAUUGUUGGUCAUAUUGAAAAAUGUCCUGCUAACCAGAGUGCUAAUUCAAUAAGAAAACCUGUUCCCCCUGCAAGCACUUCAGGACUCUGUUUUAAGAAAUUAAAUGUAACAACACAUAAGCAUAAGUUACUUAUAAAUCGUUUAGCAAGAAAAGUAGUAGUGGAUUCUCUAACUCAAUCAUUACCAUUUUCAAAAGAAGGGCUGAGUAUACAGGAUACUGGUGCAAUGUAUGUCAUCAAUACCCCGGCUGGUAUUAGCAUCAAGUGGGCUCAUGUUACAGGCAUCAUAGACAUACAGUAUGGAUUACACUCUAACACAUCCAUGAAGACAGAAGGACUUUGUGGGGUGUGUAAUGGAGACCCUUCUGAUGACCUGAAAAUGCAAAACAGGAGCAUAAUUACAAAUAUGGAGGAAAUCGAAGCAUUCAUUAAGAGCUGGGAAAUUGAGAAAUCACUCGAUGUAGCAACCAGGAGGCCAGUAAGAAACUGUACUGAAGAUAACUGCACGUACUGUAUGGAAUUGCUAAACAAAAGCAUUUUCAUCACUUGUCACAAUAAAGUGUCACCACAGGAGUUUUGUGAGAAGAUGUGGGUCAACAGUACUUAUUUUUGGAAUUAUGAGUGUGAUGCCCUUUCUGCAUAUGUGGCUUUAUGUAACAAGCACAACAUUUGCAUUAAAUGGAGGACUCCUGAUUACUGUUCAUUGUCUUGUCCUGAGGGCAAGGAAUACCAGCCUUGUGUGCAACCCUGUGAAGCCAAGACGUGCUUGAAUAAAUGGUUCUAUGAAGAUUCUCCCUGUUCCUAUUUAAGAGAAGACUGUGUAUGUAAAAAUGGCACUAUUCUGCAUAGAACGGACUCUGACCUCUGCAUACCAGAAGAAAAAUGUACAUGCACAGAUAACAAAGGACAGCCCCGCUCUGCUGGGGAGAUCUGGAAUGAGUCCAUGAGAGGCUGUUGCAUGUACAACUGUUCAGAAAAUGGAAGCAUUGUUGCUGUAGAACCUGAAUGCAAUGAGCAUCCACCACCAGUCUGUGAAAGAGAAGGGGAAGUUAUUGUCCAUGUCAUCGAAGAGAGAGCUUGCUGUCCAAAGAAAGUUUGUGAAUGUAACAUGUCAUUGUGUGAUGCCAUUAUCCCAACAUGCAAACCCAAUGAGAAAUUAGUAGUAGGCUACAACCCCCUGUCCUGCUGCCCACAGUACCGAUGUGAAUGUGAUCCUUCCACUUGUUUCAAUGUUUCCCAGCUGGACUGCAGGGAAGAUCAAUUUAUUGUUGAAGCAAAACAGGAAGAUCCCUGUUGUUUUUCUUAUCUCUGUGUUUGUGAAUCCUGUAUUGAGCCAGUUCCCUUGUGUAAUGAAGGGGAAAUUCUGACUGUAGACCUUAAUACCAUACAUUACUGUUGUCCUCAUUACUACUGCGCUUGUGAUGAAAAUCUUUGUUCUGAGCCUUCUAUGAAUUGCACAGAUGACAUGACACUUGUGAAGCAAAGAAUACCUGGGCAGUGUUGUCCAGAAUGGCACUGUGAAUGCAGCUGUGAAAAUGGUACUAUGUUGACCUGUGAAUUGGGAGAAGUUAAAAAAAUAGACAGUAGUGUUUCCAGUGCUUGUGGAUGCACUCACUACAUUUGUGAGAAGGAUGAUGUGUGCAUCUUCCAAGAGGUCACAGUACUGAAUCCUGGGCAGUCAGUGAUUCAGUACUUGGAUGGAGACCUUUGUUACACUGUACAGUGUUUACAAGAAAAAGACCAGAACACAGGAUACAACAUCAUGCAUUUUACAAUGGUGAACUGUUCCCAGCAAUGUGAAGCUCAUCAAAUAUAUAUCCCUUCCUCCAGUCAGCACACUUGCUGUGGUACUUGUCAAAAUGUGUCUUGCUCUUUUCAUACUGAGAAUGGAACACUAAUUCUGUACAAUGAAGGAAGUACCUGGAGCUCCAACUGCACCAACUACAAGUGUGCAAAGACUGCUGCAGGGGCUAUCAUACUGGGAUCAAGUGUUGUCUGCCCCCCAUUUAAUGACACUGAGUGUACAAAGAAUGGAGGAACUGUGCAGACGUAUAAUGAUGGCUGCUGCAAGACCUGCAAAAAAGAAGAAAGGAUUUGCCAGAAAAUGACAAUCAGGACAACCAUAAGAAAAAAUGACUGUAUAAGUCAAAGUCCGAUCAAUGUGGCUUCCUGUGAUGGAAAAUGCCCAUCUGCAACAAUUUUCAAUGUCAAUAUUGAUAGUCACUUAAGAUUCUGCAAAUGCUGUCGAGAAACUGGCACACGGGAUCUGACUGUGCCGCUCCGCUGCUCCGGAAAUGGCACUGAAAUUAUGUAUGUCAUUCAAGAGCCUAUAGACUGCUCAUGCCAAUGGAACUGA